AUGUCUGUUUUUAUUGAAGCUAAUUCAUAACUUUCUUCUUCUUCUUUUGUUUUUUGUUUUUUUUAAAGUCAAUCUCUCACUCACAUGAAUUAUAUGCAAUGAAAAAUCACUGGGCUGUCUGAAAUUUUGAAACUUAGAAUUCAUCAGCCACCAUUCAUGACUUCCAAGUAUUUUUUUGACGGGGAUUUUCACAAUAGUGGUUAACUUAAUAAGAGUCAAGAAUUUAUGAUGAUGGCAAGAGGUAGAUCCCAUUGAAGGAUGGUGAUAGUGUCACGCCAAGUCGUCAUAGUAGAAAAAUGGGGAGGGCGGCUUAUAGCAAUAAUAUUAGAUUAUUCUCAUAUUUGGUCACUUCAUUAGGAUGGUAGUCUAUUGAUCAGUACAGUAUCUUAUCACAGAGAUAUUUGUUGAUUGGUUUAAUCAGCACGGUGAUCUUAUAACUGUAAUGCCACAAAUUAGAGAGGAUGCAUGAUAUGACAAAAUGGAGUUUUUUUCUGUCUCUGUUGCUAUGUAUUUUCAAUACCAGAACUUGCUUCUCCAAUGGGAGUGACACCCUUUCAGUGGGUCAGUCUCUAUCUGUAACUCAGAGUUUAAUAUCUGAAGGUAGAACUUUCGAACUGGGAUUCUUCAGGCCGGGUGCUUCUCAAAACAUUUACCUCGGAAUUUGGUAUAAGAAUUUUGCGGAUAAGAUUAUUGUUUGGGUAGCAAAUAGGGAGAGCCCUUUAAAUCCUGCUUCUUUGAAGCUUGAAUUUUCUCCUGAUGGCAAUCUAGUCCUGCUUACAAAUCUCACGGAAACAGUUUGGUCAACAGCUCUUAUAUCUCCAAUUCUGAAUUCUACGGAAGCUAUACUUCUUGAUAACGGAAACUUUGUCAUAAGAGAUGUGUCAAAUACAUCUAUUACAUAUUGGCAGAGUUUCGACAACCCAACCGAUACAUGGCUCCCUGGUGGAAAGCUUGGGAUCAAUAAACAAACUGGGCAAGUGCAGCGGCUUAUUUCAUGGAAAAACUCAGAAGAUCCAGCACCAGGUAUGUUCUCGGUUGGGAUUGACCCAAAUGGAAGUAUUCAAUAUUUCAUAGAGUGGAACAGGUCUCAUAGGUAUUGGAGCAGUGGAGUUUGGAACGGGCAAGGAUUUACUGCCAUUCCUGAAAUGAGAGUGAAUAUUUACAAUUUCAUUGUCAUAUCGAAUGAAAAUGAAAGCUAUUUCACAUAUUCUUUGUCCAAUACUUCAAUACUUUCAAGAUUUGUGAUGGAUAGUUCAGGAAAGAUGAUGCAAUGGUUAUGGCUGGCUGGUUCCUCGCAAUGGUUUUUGUAUUGGUCCCAACCGGCAGACCAAGCUGAUGUUUAUGCUUCAUGUGGGGCUUUUGGCGUGUUCGGUGAAAGUACAGCGAGCCCUUGUAAAUGCAUAAAAGGUUUUAAACCAUUUGGACAAAAUGAUUGGUCAAGCGGUUGUGUUAGGGAAUCCCCUUUGCAGUGUCAAAAUAAGGAAGGUAAUGGAAAGAAAGAUGAAUUCCUAAAGAUGUCGAAUCUUACAUUACCAACAAAUUCAAAAGCACAUGAAGCAGCUAAUGCUACAAGAUGUGAAUUGGAUUGCCUGGGAAGUUGCUCUUGCACGGCUUUUUCCUAUAAUAAUAGUGGGUGUUUCGUAUGGGAAGGAGAUCUUGUAAACUUACAACAGCUAGCUGGGGAAGGUGUUAGUUGGCCUGGAGCAGAUAUUUACAUCAAACUUGCCUCUGCUGAGCUUCAAGUUGAGAAUGGUGCUGGAAAAGGUAACAAAAGGAGAACACGGGCAAUCUUGGCAGUGGUUAUUCCAGCAACUUUUAUUACUUUUGGCCUUUUCAUAUACUGCUGCUAUCUGCGCAAGAGAAAGCUCCACCACAAAGGGGAGGAAGAUACAAGUGAGAACUUAUUGUUCUUUGAUUUCGAUACCUGUCCUAACUCAACAAACAAUGUACCUAGCUCUGUUGAUAAUCGGAGGAAAAAUGUUGAACUGCCAUCGUUCAGUUAUGAGAGUGUAUCUGCUGUAACUGAACAAUUCUCACACAAGCUUGGAGAGGGAGGCUUUGGACCGGUUUACAAGGGUAAAUUAUCCAACGGAGUGGAAGUAGCAGUGAAGAGGCUUUCAAAAAGAUCUGGGCAGGGGCUCGAGGAGUUCAGAAAUGAGACAAUGGUAAUUGCCAGACUCCAGCACAGGAAUCUUGUCAGGCUGUUGGGUUGCUGCAUUGAACGCGAUGAGAAAAUACUAAUCUAUGAGUAUAUGCCGAAUAAAAGCUUGGAUUUCUUUUUAUUUGAUGCAAACAAACGACAAAUCUUAGAUUGGGGUUCACGGGUUCGCAUAAUAGAAGGGAUUUCUCAAGGCCUUCUGUAUCUGCACAGAUACUCGCGGUUACGAAUUAUUCACAGGGAUUUAAAACCUAGCAACAUUCUAUUGGAUAGUGAAAUGAACCCCAAGAUUUCCGAUUUCGGGAUGGCUCGAAUUUUCGGAGACAGUGAAACUGAAGCAAACACCAAGAAGAUUGCUGGAACGUAUGGCUAUAUGUCCCCUGAAUAUGCCAUGGACGGUCUCUUCUCAAUAAAAUCUGACGUGUUUAGCUUCGGAGUAUUGUUACUUGAGAUUGUAAGCGGCAGGAAGAACACUGGUUUCUACCACAGAGACUCCCUCAAUCUUCUUGGACAUGCAUGGAGGUCAUGGAAUUCUAGCAGAGCUUUGGACUUGAUGGAUCCAGUCCUGGGGGAUCCUCCUUCAACUUCUGUGCUCUUGAGACACAUUAACAUAGGGCUUCUUUGUGUCCAAGAAAGUCCAGCGGAUAGGCCUACAAUGUCGGAUGUUUUCUCCAUGAUUGUAAAUGAACACGCACCCCUCCCAGCACCUAAACAGCCUGCUUUUGCUGUAGGCAGAAACAUGGGAGACACGAGUUCAUCCACGAGUUCUGCAGGAUGUCCUUCUGUGAAUAUUGUGACAGUUACGAUGAUGGAUGCCAGAUAACUGUUCUCAAUACCAAGAUACCAUUGGUUUUACAUUUAUAGAUAAUUUUUUUGUUAUAAAUUUCGAGAUAUCUUAAUGCUGCUAUUUAAAUGAUCUAUUCAUUACAAAGUUCAGAAAAAAAAAUGAACGGAUUUUUGGAA